ACCCACCGCACGAAAUUCGGCAUUGUUCGAGGCUGGCGAUGCAUCGUCGAUCGACGGGGCCAUAAGGGCAGCGUGGAUGUCCAAUGUCGGAGCGCAACUAUGAGAAAGUUUGUAGAUGCUCAGCCACUGCAGUGUGUGCCGCACUCUCGUCCCCCCACCUUCAACAACUCUCUGUCGGUGUUGUGCGGAAUUGGGCGUCGCGUUCAAUCCGAAACGAGUCCUCUUCCAUGAAUGCUGAGUGCUUUGCGGUUUCGUUUCGCCGUCUUUGAUGAGCCUCUUGGAAUUCAUCAGAGCUCGGCGUUGGUUUUACCGGCUGCGCAGGUUGGUAAAAGCCUGGAACUGCCAUUUGUGGCUUUGGGUGGGAACCGCGAAAUGAAUUCGUCGUUAUCGCUCCACUUUUUUCUGUUCUGGGAGGGAGCCUGAAUUGGUGGAUGGGAUGGGGAAAUGUUUCGUUUUCGUUGAUUCGGUGCGACGGAAUGCAUGACGUUUGCUAGCGAGCUGGCACGAGGAGCUUGGGCCUGAUUUGUACGAAACCAGUUACGGAAUCAGAAGGUGCUGGCCGACGGAAAUUGAUCACGUCUUGGUGGAAUUGCUGCAUUGAGUCUUUGUCUCUCUCGCUUCAUUGACAAUGGUUGUCAGUCCCUUUGUCCUUGGUUGGCCUGCGCAUAGAAGAGCUGAUAUGUUUUGAUGCUUGGAAGGCGAGCAUUGCGCACGGUGGUGAUUACUUCACAGACCACCACUCGUCGUCUCCUUGCUUUGGAGUUUCUAGGCUCUCUGUGUUGGGCUGCACGUCUAAAUCGUGGUUUCUGCGUUACCUUUAGCGUUUCUGUGCCAGGUUCAGAUUGGUAUUGAAGCGGAUAAGUUGUCACCAGUGACAUUGCGCCCCCUGACAAAUUUGAGUUUUUCACUUGAGGAUUUUAUGACGUUCACUUGUGCAGUCAUUGAAGCUUGAAGAAAUGGCGGUUAGCUCUCCUUUGGUCGUAGUCGGAUCGGUGAAUGCUGACAUUUAUGUGGAGGUUGAGCGGCUUCCGGUCGAGGGUGAAACCAUUGCUGCUAGAAGUGGCCAGACUCUUCCUGGUGGAAAGGGCGCUAAUCAAGCUGCUUGUGCGGCUCGUCUUUCCUACCCUACUUUCUUCUGUGGUCAGGUUGGACUGGACGGCCAUGCCAACCUGGUUAAAGAUGCCCUCGCAUCUGCUGGAGUUCGUCUAGAUCAUGUGAACACGGUCGACUCUCCGACUGGUCAUGCAGUUGUUAUGUUACAACCAGGAGGGAAAAACUCAAUUAUCAUCGUCGGAGGAGCUAAUGUCGCAUGGCCUAAGUUAGAAGACGGUAUCAGCAGAUUAACAGCUAAUGCGCAGCAGUUGAUCAAGCGAGCAGGUGCAGUGCUUCUGCAACGUGAAAUUCCAGACGCAGUCAAUCUGGAAGCUGCUAAGGUUGCAAAAAGUGCUGGUGUUCCCGUGAUAAUGGAUGCCGGAGGUGCGGAAGGUCCUAUUCCAGAAGAGCUUCUGAAACAUGUUACGGUGCUGAGCCCUAACGAGUCGGAGUUGGCUCGGCUAACUGCAAUGCCAACCAAUUCUUUAGAGAAAAUUCUUCUAGCAGCUGCCAAGGUUCAAGAGAUGGGUGUCCAGCAAGUAUUGGUCAAGAUGGGAGAGACCGGCUCCGUUCUUGUGUCUGGUAAGGAGCCUCCAAUUUAUCAGCCCGCUAUCCUGGCUCCAACGGUAGUUGAUACAACUGGUGCUGGUGACACUUUUACAGCUUCUUACGCUGUUGCUCUAAUCGAGCGUCAAACACCAGCAGAAGCGCUUAGGUUUGCUGCUGCAGCAGCUUCCAUCUGUGUGCGGUCCAAAGGUGCAAUGCCAAGCAUGCCUGAACGGAAGGCAGUUCUUCAGCUCUUGAAGGAGCAUCCCCUUACUGAGGAGAAGCUAUCGCCUCCGGACGAAAAAGUCUCUCGUUUUCUACAGUCAAGUGGAGCUUUGCAGUGCAGGCAUAGAGACGGAGCUGCAGCAACGAAAAUUGAAACACCUAAUCGUGUAGAUUCGAAACCGAAUGGUUUUCAAGGCCAAGCUUCUCCUAAUCAGCACAUGCCGAAGGUCAUGGAGGGGCUUAAGAUUGGAAUCGUAGGGUUCGGCACCUUCGGACAAUUCCUUGCGGAGCGGAUCUGUGGGCAAGGUCAUGAGGUGGUGGCCCUUUCCCGCAGUGACUACCGAGACGUUGCUCGCAGACUGGGUGUCUCCUUCCAUAGAGACGUGAAUGCGUUUUGUGACGAACAUCCCGACAUAGUCAUAAUGUCCGCUUCCAUUAUCUCCACUGAAACUGUGCUAAGGUCGUUACCAGUAGAACGACUUAAACCGGACACUCUUUUCGUGGACGUCCUCUCCGUCAAGGGGUUUCCGAAGCAGCUCUUUCUGACAAUCCUACCACCUCAAUUUGAUGUGCUAUGCACGCACCCCAUGUUCGGCCCGAACAGUGGAAGAGCGUCGUGGGCUGGCUUGCCGGUUGUGUAUGAAAGAGUACGCAUUGGAGAAGGCGCACGCAUGGACCGAUGUAACAGAUUUCUGGACAUUUUCAGUAGCCAGGGAUGCAAAAUGGUUGAAAUGUCGUGCGGAGAGCACGAUGUACAUGCGGCUGGGAGUCAGUUCAUCACUCAUACUGUUUGCCGAAUCCUUGGCAAGAUGAAGCUGGAAAGUACUCCAAUGAACACCAAGGGAUAUGAGGAUAUAUUGAGACUGGCGGAGACCGGAGAGGCAGACAGCUUUGACCUUUACUAUGGGCUCUUUGUACAUAAUCCCAACGCAGUUCAGGAGCUGCAGCGCCUAGAAACAGCUGUCGCAUGUUUGAAGAAGGAGCUCUUCGGGCACAUACAGCACACUUCAGGAGAACAAGCCUUUUCUGUUGCCAAGCGGGUGGCAGAAGUCAGCAUGUGUUAAUCCAUUUGUGGGCCUGAGAAAUAGCUUCCAAACAAGGCAUUCGGAUCUAGAAUAGGCAACCAGACGUGGAGUAAAAGUGACGAUCUAGAUCUUGGCACUAUUGUAAUGGAGCAACACAUUGAUUAAGCAUCCAGCGUACACAUUUAUUCCAAAAAGAAAAGAAAGAGAAGAAGCAUCAGGUAUAGAGACUUAUUCAGGUCGUAUGUGACAUUUACACGCUGAUAAUGGUAAUCAUCAUUACUAUGAUGUACUGUCGCUACAGAAGUUUUCUAAUGAAUUAUAGCAUUCCUUUCAACAUA